CUAAACCUACGCCCUUCGUCCCUCAGCACGGACUACCCAGGGGCCUCUUUUCUAACACCCCAUUUAGAGCCUACUGAGAAGGAUUACAACGUUAGGCUGUUAGGGACAGCGUUUCCUGUAGUUACAGCUGAGACAUUUGGAAGUUUAUUCUUUGGAGGAGGAAGUAUGGUCUCUUGUUCGCUGGAGUAAGAUCUUUGGUGGCAGAACUUUUCUUGGAUUUGACUUUGGGUUUUUCUUUUAUUUGAAGAAAGAAGUUGAACACCUCUGGUUUCUCCUCUUCUUUCCCUGUGGACGUGUUUAUUGGAGAGGUAGAGAAGCGAGGGAGGGAGCAGCAUGGAGGAGUGAAGCAGACGGAGAUGCUGUCAGUGGGGUCGUCAGUGGGGUCGUCAGCAGCCGUAGUGAUGCGUCGUGGGAACGCCGGCGGUUGGAACGUUGGCGUUGGUGCCAGGAUGACAUGGAUCAUCACCCUGUGGAUUAUCUGGUCCAGCUGGCUCUGCUUCACGGCCAACGCUCAGAUGAAGAUACCGCCAGAAACGGUUCAGCAAUGGGCCGUCUCCUAUGGAAAACAAAUCAUUUCUCUUUCAACAAAAUACUCUGGGGCUCUUCUACUUCAAAAGAAAUACAAAGACAUUGAGCCCACGGUGAAGAUGGAGGAGGUGGACGGAGAGGAACUGGUGAAGAAGUUUGCUGAGGAGAUGGAGGGCAUGCUGGGUAGGAAGAUGAAGUCUGUCAAGAGACUGGCGGAGGCAGCGGAGGACGCUGAUCUAUACCAUGAAUUCAACGCUACCUUAGAGUUUGACUACUAUAACUCUAUGCUGAUCAACUCAGUGGAUAAAGAUGGAAACCCUAUCGAGCUGGGAGGAGAGUUUCCUCUGGAAGAGAAUGAACACUUCAACAAGCUCCAGGUCAACACUCUGCAGAGCGACAUACAGGUUCCCACCAACGUUUACAACAAAGACCCUGGUAUUCUAAAUGGGGUGUACAUGUCGGAGGCCCUGAACGAUGUGUUUGUGGAUAACUUCCAGAAGGACCCUACUCUAACCUGGCAGUACUUUGGCAGUGCUACUGGCUUCUUCAGACUCUACCCAGGCAUCGCAUGGACCCCAGAUGAAAAUGGUGUCGUCACGUUUGACUGCAGGAACAGAAACUGGUACAUCCAGGCUGCGACCUCUCCCAAGGACAUCAUCAUCGUAGUGGACGUCAGCGGGAGUAUGAAGGGUCUUAGGCUCACUAUCGCCAAGCACACUAUUAACACCAUCCUGGACACACUAGGGGAGAACGACUUUGUCAAUGUCAUCGCCUACAGCGACUACGUCCAAUACGUGGAACCCUGCUUCAAGGGCACCCUGGUCCAGGCUGACCUGGACAACCGAGAGCACUUCAAGUUGCUGGUUGAGGAGCUCCAGGUAAAAGGAGAGGGCAAAGUCAAGAAGGCCAUGAAGGAAUCCUUCAAAAUCCUCAAUGAGGCUGCAUCGUUGGGUCAGGGCAGUCUGUGUAACCAGGCCAUCAUGCUGAUCACUGACGGAGCCAUGGAGGAUUAUGAGGAAGUGUUUCAGGAGUUCAACUGGCCAGAACGCAGGGUCCGUGUGUUUACUUACCUUAUUGGUCGAGAGGUGACCUUCGCUGACACUGUGAAGUGGAUUGCUUGCAACAAUAAAGGUUACUACACACACGUCUCCACGCUGGCCGACGUUCAGGAGAAUGUCAUGGAGUACCUUCACGUUCUGAGUCGACCAAUGGUCAUCAACCAUGAUCAUGACAUCAUCUGGACAGAGGCUUACAUGGACAGUGCGCUGCCCAACACAGCAGAGCUGUUCAACACCCAGGCUCAGAGCCUGCUCCUCAUGACCUCUGUGGCCAUGCCUGUGUUCAGCAAGAAGAAGGAGACGUUGUCUCAUGGUAUUCUGCUGGGGGUUGUGGGUACUGACGUCCCGCUGAGAGAGCUGAUGAGGCUGGCUCCUCGAUACAAGCUGGGUGUCCAUGGUUACGCCUUCCUCAACACCAACAACGGUUAUAUUCUGGCCCACCCUGCCCUCCGACCCCUGUAUAAGGAGGGAAAGAAGCUGAAGCCAAAACCCAACUACAACAGUGUGGAUCUGGCUGAGGUGGAGUGGGAGGACACAGAUGAGACAUUGAGAACUGCCAUGGUAAAAGGAGAGACAGGGACUCUGUCCUUAGACGUCAGAGCCACUGUAGAGAAAGGGAGAAGAGUCAUGUUUCUGAAGAAUGACUACUUCUACACAACCAUCAACGAGACACCGUUCAGUCUUGGCAUGGUGCUGACCAGAGGGCACGGUGAAUACAUCUUCAUGGGGAACGUGUCUGUAAAGGAAGGUCUCAAUGACCUGAUGCAGCCAGAUGUGUCCAUCGCAAAUGAGUGGACCUACUGUGAGACAGACAUUGACCCUCACCACCGCAAGCUCACCCAGCUCCAGGCUGUGUUUCGAUACCUCACUGGGAAGGAACCUGAUCUGGAGUGUGAUGAGGAACUGUUGAGACAGACUCUGUUUGAUGCUGUGGUCACAGCCCCCAUGGAGGCUUACUGGACGGCAUUGAUGCUCAACCCAUCUGGUAUGGACGAGGGGGUGGAGACAGCGUUCCUGGGGACCCGGUCUGGUCUGAUGAGGGUCAGCAGAUAUGUGGGCAUUGAGAAACGUGUUGCCAAACCAAAGGUCUUCUCCAAGAAAUUCCUGUCUCCGUCGGACAAGGAGAACAUCUUUACAAUGGACCACUUCCCCGUGUGGUAUCGCCGCGCUGCAGAGUACCCCGCCGGCAAGUUCCUGUACUACAUCCCCAAAGAGGACACCAGAGAGGCGUCAGGGAGGAUGGUGAUCGCCACCACAGCUGUGACUGUCACCGUGGGAAAGAAGACUGCAGUGGCUGGAGCCAUUGGGGUUCAGAUGGCACUGGACCUGUUAGAGACCAGGUUCUGGGCUACAGCUAAGCAGCCCAAUGACACAGACUGCUCUAACACAGAGGGGGAUUUGUCCGCUACAUGUGAGGCCAUGCUGAUGAGCUGUCCCUCUAUACACCCAACCUCCACACAUCUCUACCUCUACCCAGCUGAUGAGCUGUCCUCUAUACACCUAACCUCCACACUCUACCCUUACCCAGCUAAUGAGCUGUCCUCCAUACACCUAACCUCCAUGUCUACCUCUACCCAGCUGAAGAGCUGA